ACAGCCUUGAAGGCAGCAGGGAUGAUGCUGCCUUAGAUCCAUAUUGCCUUGUUAGCAGGAUACAAGCUAACUGAAUACAGGCAGUACAGUGCGGCUACAAGGGGGUGUCCCACCCUUUUUUAAUACAAGCGGAAGACUCCGUGGUUUUUAUCGGCUUUACACAAGUAGGACUAACUUCCAAACUUUGGCGAAAUGACGACGCGGUCGGAGAGAGAAAAAGCCCAGAAACUGAAUGAGCAGCAUCAGGCCAUUCUGUCUCAACUGCUGAGAGAAGACGAGAACAAGUACUGUGCUGACUGUGAGGCAAAAGGUCCUCGAUGGGCAUCAUGGAACCUCGGGGUGUUCAUGUGUAUCCGCUGUGCUGGAAUCCACCGCAACCUGGGUGUCCACAUCUCCAGAGUCAAAUCUGUCAAUCUGGACCAGUGGACACCUGAGCAAAUCCAGAGUAUGGUAGACAUGGGCAACAGCAGGGCCAGAAAGCUGUAUGAAGCUCACCUACCAGAGAACUUCAGACGGCCACAGACAGACCAAGCUGUGGAGGUCUUCAUCCGGGACAAGUACGAAAGGAAAAAGUACUACGACGAGGAGGCCCUGGCUACUGCUCCAAAGUCCUCUGAAGCUGCUCCUCCCUCCACCUCACCGUCCUCACAGGCUGACAGGAGCAGACAGGAGAAGGAGCGUGAAAAGAAAAAAGACGAGAAGAAGAAAGACAAGGAUGUUAAUAGAGUGGAGGGACACAACAACACAAAGCAGUCCGAGUGUAGAGCCAGUCCCAAGGAAAGCACAGAGCCGGCUGUGGAUCUGCUGGGCCUGGAUGCUCCAGAGGGUGGUGGGAAGGGCUCUGGUGGUGCUGCACCAGUCAGCGAUGAACUGGAUAUCUUUGGACCAAUGGUCUCUAAUCCUCUCCCCUCGUCCAACAACACACAGCAGGCUCAGUCUGGUUCCAGUACAGCACCUCCGCAGGCAGACCCCUCCACCUCCUCCUCUGCCUCCUCUUCUACCUCCACCGCUACCACCACGAAGGCGGAGCAGAAGAAGCUUUUAUCUAAAGACUCCAUCCUGUCUCUGUAUGCCAGCAGCUCAGUGGGCAGUCAGCCGCAGAGCCAGUCACAGCCUGCUCCAGGACAAGCCGGAAUGUACAUGGGCCAGCCUCAGAUGCAGUUCACUCCGCAGGGUUUCACCCCAGGGAUGGGCGGAGCCGUGCCACCCACCACCAUGAUGGGCGGAGGGGCCAUGAUGCCCGGCAUGGCUCUGCCCAACGGCAGCUACAUGGGCAUGCAGCAGCAGGGCAUGGUGCCAGCCAGCCAGGGACAGAACAUGUACAGCAUGCAGCAAGGACAGCAGCAAGGACAGUGGAAUAUGAGCCAGGUAACAGGACAGACAAAGAUGACCCAGCAGAUGUCAGGCAUGGCCAUAAGUGGUGGAGGGCCAGUGCAAGCCACUUUUAGCCAGACAGGGGCCCCCGUGACUGGUUGGCCCGCGGCUCCACCGGCGGCUUCCGGGCAGACCCUCAGCACUCAGCUGUGGAAGUGACGAGAAGGGGGUCCAGAGGAUGAGUGGGGGAAAACGGAGAGUGGUGAUAUGGCAACAGAAUGGCCAAAUUUGCUCCUGACCCACCCAUCUCCUCACAACUCCGAAUAAAGAACGCACAGCGGGGGUAGUUUGACUGCCCUUAACACCCCUCCCAAACCCUACACACCCUCACCAUGGUUUUAAAAAGCCAAGAUGACAUCACACUGAAUAGAGUGGGGAAAAAAAGAAAGACUGGCAGCUGUUGUUUCCUGUCUUUAUUUCAACUGUCCUCUUACUUUUUGAUUUCUUUUUGUUGUUGUUGUCUGAAGAAAGAGACAAAACAGCAGAAUCAACAGAAAAGAAAGCUGCUGGACCAAUAACUCCAAGUGUCUAUUCUAGUAAUAUAAUAUCAUUACCAAAAUGGAUAGUUAGUGAAUAGUCUUUUAAUACCUACAGUAGAUAUGGCUAUCUUGUGGUUGGUCUAUGCUACCCUGUCCUCUUCCCUCUCUCUGCUGUGUAUAUUGUAACCCUCCCCCCCAUCUCUCCUCUCCCUCCCCCUCUCUAUAGGACGAGCAGAGCCUCGUAGCAGAUAAUAGUCUGAACAGUACUGUAUUUAUGUGAAUAAGAUGUGAACCUUCCACAUUGUUAGAGCCAUAGAAGAAAGGCUGAAGCUUCAACUCUCAAUGACUUUGUUUGGUUUGAGUUAUCUUCAUCACGUGACACUCCAUGGGGGGGGGGAAGAUCUAUAGAUGAGGUUCUCCAGUUUACUUUAAAGUAUCCUAAAUGGGGUUUGACUGACAUGGGUUUAAAGCUGCUUAUACAAUAGAUGUUAUUUUACUCCACUCGUGGUUACGUUUUUUCCCUCAGCAGCCGGUGUACCACUCAUCAGCUCUACAGUAAAGAUUAUACACACCAGUGGUUCCUAACCUUGGGGGUUGGGUUAGAAGAUUUCUUGUUUUUUAUUGUAUUUUUUUCUGAAUCUUUGCUUUUUUAUUGUGAAAUACUGGAGAGUCUUCCUAGGACUCUAAAAACUAUUCAACUUAAACAAUCGUUAUUAUAAUAUAAGUUAUUCAACUAAGGACUGUCAGUAACGGAUUCUCCAAUUAAAGGAAUAGUUCCACAUUUUGGGUAAUACCCUUCUUCGCUUUCCUGCUAAAGAGAUUAGAGUAGAUAAGAAGAAGAAGAUGUCUGCUAAGUAUUGUGAUAGGUGUCGAAUAGCCUAGCUUAGCAUAAAAACUGGAAGCAGGGGGAACAGCUAUCCUGGUUCUGUCCAAAGUUUAUAAUUCUGCCCACCAGCACCUCUAAUUAAAAAGUUAUAUCUUACUUGUUCAAUUCAUACACAAAAAGAAAUGUAAAAAAAUCCAUUUGUAGUUUUAGGGAGUUAUGUAUAAACUUUUUUGGAACCACUGAUAAUAUACACAACACUGGCUGUUUGGCCAGUUAUCCAGUAUCACUACUUUUAUCAGCAGAUGAAUUUAUCAGUCCAACCCUGUUUCUCAUACUGCUAGCAAGUUAAAAGCACCCUAAAACUCCAAAUGUCAAGAAUUCCCUUAAAGUCUCAGUAAUUGCUGGGCGGCCCAUGGGUCCUCUGGGUGUCUUUGGUAGCCACUCUGUGGUGUUUUGAAGUGUUUUAAAACCAAACGAACUGGGAUUAGUAGAAACUGGGCUCCGACCCAGUUAAGACAUUCCUUGUUGUUGAAAUGAGCAGUUUCCCCCAAGGCAAAUUAAAGCACUACUGGAAUCACAGCUGUUUGUCUUUACUGCACUUUAAAUAGCAGAGCAGGUACUGUAUCUCUCGUGUGUUGUGGUUUCGUUCCUCAGAUUGUUGUAAGGGAACUGCAGAGAUACGUGAACUGUCAGUUCCCUUACAACUGCAGGGUAGGAUUUCCACAAUCUUUUUCUUUUUUUUAACUGGACCAAUGUGACACCCAAAAUAUUGCUCCCGUCAUAUAUGAUGCUAUAACCAUAUGUUCUGCCAUCUUUAUUGUGGUGUUUUGUUGUGUGCAGUACAAGAGAAGCACAGUUAAUCUGAUGCAAAUAAACCUGGAUGACCAAUCAGAGGGCUAGACUGGCAGGACGAAGAACAGGAGUGGACAGUGCUUGCAAAAGGGGACUUGUAUGAAAACGCUGGAUGAGUCCCAUCACCACUGUCCAGUCCUUGUUUAUUAGGAGUAAGAACAGAGGAGCAAGAGUAGAAAUGUACAAACAUACAUACACACACACACAUAUAUGCACGCAAAGUUACGAUCACACUGCCGAGCUGCAGACAUGAAUCUGCAGAUUCGUGUCUGUAUACACAGGCUCCCCCUGCCAUGCAAUAACUGUAGCACUCUUACACACUUGGUUUGUGUGAACGACACAUAAACAUAUUCAAUAAAUCUAAUGUCCUCCAGGUUUAUUUCCAAUGUGUUUACAUUUUCUGGUGCCUAGUACAGAGGAAAAAAAGAGUUUCCAUGCAUUAAAAAAAUAUCCAGGAAUUUUUCUGUGUUCACCUUUGUCCAAUGACCCUUUUAACUGUAAAAGUACUGUUUUAUCUUAUUGGAAUUUUAUUAGUUUGCUCCUUUUUUCUGUUCCAAGUUUUACAAGAGGGUCAUUUGAAAUAAAGGCUGUUGGAUCCUGGA